AUGAGGCUAAUGUCUCUUAUGUUUUUAAUGUUUUUCUGUGUUUUGAUUGUAACAGUAAACACAACUAAAGAUAUUUUCAUAUUGGCUGGACAGAGCAACAUGGCUGGUCGAGGAGGUGUUUUUAAUGGUAAAUGGGAUGGUAUUGUUCCAGUAGAGUGUAAGCCAAGCCCAUCAGUUUUGAGACUGAGUUCAAAUCUUAAAUGGGAAGAAGCUCGUGAGCCGCUUCAUGAAGAUAUCGAUGUGGAAAAGACUUGCGGUGUUGGGCCUGGGCUUGCAUUUGCAAACGAGAUAGUUAGAAUGAGAGGUGGUGGAGACGGUGGUUGUGGUGGUGGCGGAUGUGUUGUGGGACUUGUUCCUUGUGCGGUUGGUGGGACGAGAAUUGAAGAGUGGAGAAAGGGUGGUCGGUUGUAUAAUGAAUUGGUGAAACGAGCUAUUGAAUCGGUUAGGGAUGGUGACGGUGUAAUAAGAGCACUUGUUUGGUAUCAAGGUGAGAGUGAUACUGUAAGAGAAGAAGAUGCUGAGAAAUAUAAGAUUAGAAUGGAGAAUUUUAUUCAGAAUUUUCGGUUGGAUCUUCAACUUCCAACACUUCUGGUUAUUCAGGUAGCACUUGCAUCAGGGGAAGGUAACUUUUUAAAGAAGGUGAGACAUGCUCAAUUGAGUAUCAAGCUUCAUAAUGUCACAUGUGUUGAUGCCAAAGGACUACGUCUUAAGGAAGAUAAUCUUCACCUUACAACAAUGUCUGAGGUUCAUUUAGGUAUCCGGUUAGCUCGGACCUAUCUCGCUGUCAUCAAUCAUCAUUUACUUUACUAA